UUUUUCAGCAAUAUAAAAUGUAUUAUACUUAAUUAUAUUUUUCAAGCAACAAAAACUGAGACAUAUAGGUACUCAAAGAGAUUUCAAAACAUUAGAAAAUUAUUAAGCGCCCAAUUGCUUGUACAAAAUAGGAACAUAAUCAUCAUAUUUAGCUUGAUAAAAGUUUCCAGCUACUGGCUCUUGAAGUAGGUACUUUUCAGCAAACUUCCUUAUAGAAAAUCCAGCUCGGUUAUCACCAGAACUAAAAAUCAAGUAAGCAAAUUUAUGCAAUUAGAUUCAAUGCAGAUAACAUACUUAUUGGGCAAACGUGGUUCAUCAAAAUUCAAUUUUCCAUUUUGCUUGUAAAUCAAGAAAACAUAGCGAUGCAAACCAGUAUUUGGAGGCGGUCCAGAACCAACGUAGGCAGACAAAACUUCACCUUUGGAGACAUCCUGGCCGGGAAUAUUACCUACAAGCCAAUGGUGCCAUUCUCUGAAGUUGGGCUCUUUACGAGAUGGGGCAUCAGGAUCUAAGAAAUUAUAAUUAUGUAGCGUUAUAUAUGUAAUGAAACUAGAGGCCUUACCAGUCAUACAUAAAGUGUAAAAAGCAUUGGCAUCAGCUUGCCAUUGAACAGUAGGUUGGUCCUUAACUUGAGUUGGAGUAAGUUCAUUUCCUUGGUCUACUUUAACACCACUUGGGUAAGAAACCUGUAGAAAACAAUUUCAAAUUUAAAAGAUUGGUAUUUUUUUUACAGAUUAUAUUUUGUUAUUAACUUUUCCAAGGCUAUGGGUGUGGUGAUAAGCAGCUGACUGCAGUAGUUCAAAGGUCAUUUUUUACAUGCAGAAUGGUAAUGCAAAUACAAAUUGUGUUUUCCAAGUGAAACGCCCUAAAAUUCCGAAAAACUAUUGAAAAUACACGAACCUGAGCAACUUCUUGAGGUGCCACACUAAUUACAUCUGGAACGACUCCGUGUUUUUCCAUAUUUUUGGCAAUAGUCGAAAAAAAUCUGGAUACCACAGCCGGCCUACGAACUGCAAACAUUUUUGUUUUUCUGGUCCCUUCAAAUCAAACUGGAUAGGUUUAAUUGAUUAUAUAAUUUAUUUUUGUCUUUGUCUUUCUUGCCACUAUUAGACAAUGAUGGACAUACUCUUCUCGGUGCAUUUAUAAAAUUAGUCCGACAACUGACAAUAAAAUUCCAUGGUUGUCAGAUUGCGUUCCAACUUUCAACUGUACACUAAAAAAAAAGAAUUUUUAUUUACCAUGAACAUAACCUUAUUAAAGACGGCAUGUUUUUGUUUUUCUUUUUCAACCACCACCACCUGUUGAUUUUUCUUUGAGUUCAUUUAAAAUUUAAAAAAUAAGAGCUUUUUUUGAGUAAAAUGGAGCAAAAUUCAUGGGAAAAUCGGCGCAAAAACCGUGGCAAAGUGGAAAGCGGCCUGACGCACGAGUGUGGCGUUUUCGGAGCGAUCGGAAACGAAAAUUGGAAAAGUAGCACUGAAAUAGCGCAAAUCGUUAUGAUCGGUUUGCAGGCCUUACAGCACAGAGGCCAAGAAUCAUGUGGCAUCGUUACAAGCGAGGGUCACAACGAAUUCAACAUCCAAAAAGGCAUGGGACUGGUCAAAAACGUCUAUACAAACGACAAUCUGUUAAACCUUACUGGUAUCAUGGGAAUCGGUCAUACCAGAUACUCUACCAGUGCUAAAUCGACUGCCGUCAACGCGCAGCCCUUUGUAGUACACUCGAUGCAUGGUUCUUUAGCUGUAGCGCAUAACGGCGAGCUGGUCAAUGCCGAAGCUCUAAGAAAACAAGUUCUUGAUAGAGGUGUUGGGCUUUCAACACACUCUGACAGCGAGCUGAUAACUCAAGCGCUAUGCUUGAUACCACCAGAAGGUGAAGUUGAUGGACCUGAUUGGCCUGCUAGAAUCAGACACCUGAUGAAAUUGGCUCCUUUGAGUUACUCUUUGGUGCUGAUGCUAAAAAAUCGAAUAUAUGCUGUGAGGGAUCCUUAUGGUAACAGACCAUUGUGCAUGGGAAAAAUUUUAGCAGCCACGUCUGAAAUGACAAAUGGUUAUACAGAAAGCAUAGUCAAUCGCAUUAUUGAUACUGAAAAACCAGCAGACGGUUGGGUUGUUGCCUCAGAAUCUUGCGCUUUUAUGAAAAUCACGAGAUACACACGGGAAAUUUUGCCUGGGGAAAUUGUCGAAUUGACCAGAAAUGGCCCGAGGACUGUUGAUAUAAUUUCGACUCCUGAAGGCAAGCAUUUGGCUUUUUGCAUUUUUGAAUAUGUCUAUUUUGCAAGGCCUACUAGUAUUUUUGAAGGACAAGAGGUUUACAAUGCCAGAGUCCAUUGUGGUAGGCAACUAGCUUUGGAACACCCUGUAGAAGCUGAUAUUGUGGGUGCAGUUCCAGAAUCUGGAAAUGCUGCUGCCCAUGGGUAUUCAUUGGAAUCAAAAAUUCCUCAAGGGGAACUAUUGGCUAAAAACACUUAUGUUGGAAGGACGUUUAUACAGCCUAGCAAUCGCUUGCGACAAAUGAACGUGGCCUUAAAAUUUAGUCCGAUUUUGUCCAAUGUAAAAGGCAAACGUAUUAUUCUAAUCGACGAUUCCAUUGUGCGCGGCAACACAGUUGGUCCAAUAAUUAAAUUGCUAAGAAAAUCCGGAGCCAAAGAGGUGCACAUCAGAAUCGCCAGUCCGCCAUUGAAAUUUCCUUGUUAUAUGGGCAUUAAUAUUCCCACUAGAGAAGAAUUAAUUGCCAAUGCAAAGGAUUUCGAGGAUAUUGCUUUGAAAGUGGGUGCGGACAGUUUGCAAUAUUUGAGUGUGGGAGGGUUGGUGCGAGCUGUUCAAAAAGAUAUUAAAGUUGAAGGCAGGGAGAUUGGGCAUUGUACUGCUUGUCUUACUGGGGAUUAUCCAGGUGGGCUUCCUGAUGACCUAGAGUGGUAGUUGUUGGCUUAAAUAAUAGAUUUUGAAAAAGCAGUAUUAUGAUGGGCAUUGUACUGCUUAUCUAACUGGGAUUGGAUUAUUAAUAGACAAAAAAUCCAGUAUUACAGUUCUCAAAUUCAAUUUGUUAACAGAACGCAAACUAUUGUAGAUUUAAGGCUAAAAGCACUGACCUCCAUAAAGAAUGUAAUUUUAUUUUGGAGUUUGGUGGGUAAAACGGGUCCAGGAAUAGAAGUAGUACAAAAAUAUUUUCUUGCAUAUUUUAUGAGUUAUUAUUGAUUGCAACUAAAAUCAAAAUCGAAUCUCGACAAUUUAUCUGUUAUUGUUUAUAUAAUAUUUUAUUUAUUAAUGAAUAAAAAUAUCAGCAUACAAAAUUGUUUUAAAAUUUCCCGCUGGAAUCUAUUCUAUUACUCUCCGAAGUCAUAUUCCUAUUUCUG